GGGUCUCUAACAUGGCUGUGUGUAGUGAAUGAUGCUCGUGUCCGCGGAUAUUUUGGCGAUUAUCCCUCUCUGGGAAGGCUAAUAAUGUCGAGACUUGCCGAUUAUUUUGCCAUCGUUGGAUACGACCACACGAAAGACCGAAAUGGCAUUGGUAGCGGUAAAAUCAUUCAGCGGUUCCCUGAAAGGGACUGGCCGGACACUCCAUUUAUUGAGAGCCUGGAGCUGUUCUGUCAACCACAAGGGUGGGCACUGUCGACAGAACGGCAAGAGCCAAAAUUCUUUGUAUCGGUGCUGACAGAUAUUGAUGCAAAACGACACUACUGUGCAGUUCUUUGUUUUAAUGAGGCAGUCUCUAUCACACCCAGCAAACCAACUGAUGAAGAGGAUGACAGCGUGGAUUUGGGUAGUGGGGGAGUGCGUGGUGUGGGCCCCCCUGUGCCUCUCAUCACCCACCACUCCAUUAUGUAUGCCCCUAAGUGCCUGGUCCUUAUUUCUACGCUUGACUACUUUGAGACUUUUAGGAAUUGUAUGGGCAUUGUGUACACAGUGUAUAUGGAAGGGCUAGGUGUAAGCAUGGAGACGCUGAUAGGCAACAUGGUGGGUUAUGUUCAGGUACCUCCACCAGGGGGACCGCAGGUUCGGUUCAGCAUUGGUGCAGGAGAUAGACAAGCUCUCCAGCCUCCAGCUUCUCCAACUCUUCCUGUCACCGGUACUACUGUUCUUAGCCUCUUCAACCAAUUAGGAAUCAAGAAUGUUUUGGUGCUGUUUUGCGCUGCCCUCACCGAACACAAGAUUCUCUUCCACAGUCAAUCUUACAAUCGACUUACAGAGUCCUGUCAUGCCCUUAAAGCCCUUCUCUAUCCCUUCAAGUACUCCCAUGUCUACAUUCCAAUUCUGCCAGCAUCUUUGGUUGAAGUUUUGUCCACUCCAACACCCUUCAUCAUGGGAGUUCAUUCUCACCUCCAACAUGAUGUUGUUGAACUGAUGGAUGUAAUUGUUGCCGAUCUUGAUGGAGGAUCUAUCCGUGUCCCAGAAAGUCUGACGGUGUCUCUCUUGCCAGAGCCAUUCUGGAGCCAGACCCACGCUGCUCUCUCAAAGGUGCUUCAUCCUGAUCUCAGCACCGCAGACAAUGCCUUUCCCUCAAGUGCUGGUAUCAGGGCCUCUCCGCAUAUUGUGAUGGACAAAGAAAUCAGAGCUGUGUUCAUGCGCAUGUUUGCAGAGUUGUUACAGGGUUACCGAUCAUGUCUCACCAUUAUCAGGAUACAUUCAAAACCAGUCAUUACCUUCCACAAGGCAUCUUUCCUUGGUAACCGUGGAAUGGUGGACAACGAGUUUGUGGGCAAGGUCUUAGACUGCAUGUUCUUCACCACAUUUGUCACAGAGAGAGGCCCCCCCUGGAGAGUCUGUGACCUAUGGGAUGACCUCUACUCUGGCAUUGGGGACCAACUACGUCUGGAGCAACAUGAUAGUCGAAUGCUUCUAGUCCAUAUUCAGGAACUUGGUCAGCAGCUGUACAGCAAUGAAAACCCAAACCCACAGCCAUUUGUUGCCAAGAUUCCUAAGCCCACUGAGGGUUCAUUUACACGUAUCCAUCAACCAGUCUUCCCACAUAUAGAUGUUCAGCAGGUCCAAAGUAUCAUUGAUGAAGGCACUGCCAAAAAAGUGAAAAUCCCACAAAAAGUGGGCCAGCCAAGAAUUGUUCCUAUGGGCCCCCAUAUUUCUAGUCUCCAGUCUGGCAGAGGAUUAGUUUCAAGUUCUGCAAGAAGAUUAGAGGUUAUGAGGAAUUGUGUGAACUGCAUAUUUGAGAACAAAAUAAGUGACGCUAGAAAGACAUUCCCUGCAGUAUUAAGAGCAUUAAAGAGUAAAGCAGCUCGCUUGGCUCUGUGCACAGAGUUAAGUCACCAUGUCCAGGGCAAUAAAGCUGUUUUAGAACACCAGCAGUUCGAUUUAGUGGUUAGGCUAAUGAAUUGUGCACUGCAGGAUGAUUCUCCAAUGGAUGAGCAUGGUGUUGCAGCUGCUCUGCUUCCUUUAUCCACAGCCUUCUGUCGGAAAUUAUGUACAGGAGUCAUACAGUUUGCCUAUACUUGCAUACAGGAUCAUUCAGUUUGGGGCAAUCAGCAGUUCUGGGAAGCAGCGUUUUAUCAAGAUGUUCAGAAGGAGAUCAAGAGCUUGUACCAAGAUCGAUCUCAGCAAGCCAGUCGGACUUCACUCUCAUCUGAUUCGUCUUGUAUUAAGGAUCCGUCGUUAAGUCCUGUGAACCCAAGAGAUCCCUCAGAUUCUGGUUCUUGGAAGGAGUCCAGAUUGUCCUUUCUCAGACCACAUGAGUCCUCAGCUUUAGAAAUUGCAGCAGAGCAGAUGAGGCUCUGGCCUAAUAUUGAAACAAGAAAACAACGGGAAAUAGUGGAACAAGAGGAGUCCACUCUAUACUCUCAGGCAAUCCAUUAUGCAAAUAGGAUGGUGUUCCUUAGAGUUCCCAUAGAUGUUAAUGCAGCCACACAUAGACGUACCUUCAACGAACGUGACACUGCCAGUAACAGUAUUACAAAUAGCAUGGCAGAGAGUGAUAGUUUAGAUGCUGAGUCCGGCUUUGAAGACCAAGAACAGAGUGACCGUGAAGCCAGCGUAGUGCGCUUUGUGGCAAGAUUUGUUGACAAAGUAUGCACGGAAGGUGGUGUGACAGAGGAACACAUCAAGUCGCUACACCAAAUGAUACCAGGAGUUGUAGCUAUGCAUGUGGAGAUGCUGGAUGCUGUGUACAAAGAAUCUAAGCGUUUACCGGCAUCAAGACAGAUGCUUACCACAAGACAGAGUUCAUCCCCGUUGAGUACACAGAGGUGCGCCAAAUCAAGUCCUCUUUCAAGAAGCUAAUGAGAGCCUGUGUACCCUCCUCUCCAGCUGCUGAACAAGAACAGUCCUUCUUCAGAGCAAUUGAGAAUAGUGAAUGGUUGAAUCAGCUGGAGACCCUCCUGCAGGUAGCAGGGGCCAUUGUUGACCUGAUUGAUUUGUUAGGAGCAUCAGUUAUGCUUCUCCUAGAGGAUGGAUGGGACUUCACUGCUCAGGUAACCAGCAUAGCUCAACUCUGCUUGGAUCCAUACUACCGCACUAUUGAAGGGUUCAGAGUCCUGAUUGAGAAAGAGUGGCUUGCAUUUGGUCAUCGAUUCAAUCACCGCUCAAAUCUCCUCCAGGGAUCCCAAGCUAGUGGCUUUGCUCCUAUAUUCCUACAAUUUCUAGAUGCUGUCCAUCAGAUCCAGCGGCAGUUUCCCUUAUCUUUUGAAUUCAAUGAAUACUACCUCCGUUUUUUGGCUUACCACUAUGUAUCAGCUCGUUUCCGCACAUUCUUGAGUGAUUCAGAACUAGAGAGGGCAGAGUUGGGCAUCAUGACAGAGGAAGACAAGCGAGGUUCCUUGUCAAGACACCACAAAGGUUUAGAGGCAUCGCAGGAUGAUGACAUUUAUCCAGGAGGAGGAAGAGUGUCAUCACCAGGUUCUUCAGGACACUUAGGCACAUCUGUAUUUGACUACAUAGAGAAACACAGUGGUCGCCACUCCAGCUUUUACAAUUUCCUUUACGUUGGAGACAGAAUUAGUGAUUCUGCAGUAUUGAGGCCAGUGAAGGAGUUGAGUGCACUUCAGUUGUGGAGCUACUUGAUAGGAGAAGAACUACGCCAUGGCCCUUCUUAUGACCCUGAGGUGCGCAGCCUUGACCGACAACAAGAGGAGGAAGCAGAAGCUGCAGAUGGCACAACAACCACUUCCCAACGCAGGAUUGUUAUUAGUGGAUAUGAUUGUGUGUGGGGAGUCCAGGCAGAUACUUUCACAGCACAGCUGGAGGAGUUGCGUCAUUUGGAGCUGGAACUGGGACAUCUCCCCCAGAAGUGGAACGUGCACUGGGAUAAGUUGGAAUUGCCUCCACCUGAACAGCUGACACGUCAGGUGUCCAUGACCACACAGAUGGUUCGGCACCAUGGGCGAAGUGUGCACAAACGCAGCACCAUCGAGAUAUUAAUCCGAGGGAAGACCAGCAGCAGUGCAGGUGGAGGAGGUGACACACCACAGGGCUGCUACUCCCAUCCUCACCGCUUUGAGAAAUACAAUUACACAACACCUUCGUAUUGCGACCAUUGCUCAUCUCUCUUGUGGGGCCCCUUGAAGGUGAGGCGCUUUGGAAUAGUCGUAGUCAUCAUCUGUUUUCCUUUUCAGUGUUAGUUAUUCCUUCUCCAU